AUGGCACCCGGCACCAGCAGCGUGGACACCAGCGUUUUGAAGAAGGCUCGUGAACAGUGCUGGCAGGCGCGUGACGCAUUCUACGCGUGUGUGGAGGCGGCGGGUGUGACCUACACCGUAGACGCCCCCAUCCCUGCCCAGUGCUCUGCGACGCGGGCGGCGUACACGUCGGCCUGCAAGGCCUCCUGGGUGAAGCACUUUGACCUGCUGCAGGACAAGCGCCUGCGCUACCUCCAGACCCUGCGCGCCAACAUCGCCAAACAGACGCAGACGGGCACAGGCAGUCAGCAGGGCAAGGCGGCCGCAUAG